CGUAAAUAUUCGAUAUCUCAAAACGAUUAAUUUGCAAAGUGAAUGUUUUCUUUAGCCUUUGUGAACACAAACACAAAUCGUUACUCCAAAUUUAACAAGAACCAAUAAUCCGACCAUCUUACAUCCGCGUUCCAUGAGUACGAACCUGAAGAACAUUAAACUGGCCCACUUCGGUGGUACGCCCAGUUCCGCUGGCUUUGGCAUCUCGGCGUCGUCCGGAGGCGCUGGCAAACUGCCCACAAAUGGCACGGGUGGCGGCAAAUCCGCUCCAGCUAGCUCUUUUACGGAAACCGAAGUCCUGGCCACACCAGGUGGUGUCGUUAUACCCAUAAUACGCACUAGAGACGUACCCAAACUACUGCCCACCAUUGCCACUGCGUUGCAGCGCCCUGCAGAUGAUCAUUUGGCCGCUGAAGAUUUGGAUGCUGUUCAAUUAGAGCUAGAACAGAUGCUGUCUAAUGUAGCACUACGGACGCGUGUCCUAAAAACGGAAUACGAUAGUCUUGACAAGGACGAGAAGCGCCAGGAUCGAAGAAAGCAAGAUCGUGUACCAGGAUCGCCACCUUGCCCAGCCAGUAUGCUAAAUGGCCUGCUUGGCAUUGGGAGCAACUCCUCCACGAGUCAGGGAAGUCCACUCGGCGGAGGAGGAGCCUCCUCAUCAAGUCAAUCCAAAAGGAAACGGGACGAGCCAACAGGCGUGCGAAAAAAGCACUCCUCCAUGACUAUUCUGAAGCAACAAGGUGCAACCAGUGGCUCUUCAAAGCACCAAGCCAAGAACAGCCCUCUGGUGCACACCGAUGACAGCAUGGAUUACCUGCCAAACUUAGUGGCGGCGAAUGCCUCAGGUUCUGUGCUGCCACACCACCAGCCGUUGCCCCAGCUUCCCAAAGUGGCAGUACCUAAGAACGACACACCAAACAAAUUCUGGCUGUCCGUUGAGCCGUACUGCAUGCCGUUGACCAACGAGGAUUUGCGUUUAAUUGAUGACCUGUUGGAGCAGUACCGUGGACCUCUGGUGCCGCCAGUGCCCACCCUGGGUCCCCAUUACUCCAUAGCUUGGGCGCAGGAGGAUAUUAAGGCACUUCAGCCAGGUGGAGCACGCAUUAAGUCGCACAAUGCCAGUGGAAUGCUGAAGAAAGCCGAAGGAAUGGUGGAGGAGAGCAUCACCGGUCCGCUGACACAGCGUUUGGUAUCCGCCUUGAUGGAGGAAUCCCUAAUGACGCUGCCCAGCGAACAGGCAGCUGUGGGUGAGCACAGCAACAGCACAACAAGCAGCAGUAACGAGAACACGCAUUCGCACUCGUCAUCCUCGGCAAAUGCAGCAGCUGCUGUUGCUUCUGGAAACUUCCGAUCGCUUGCCAUGAUGAAACAUGGCGUAGGCAUCGAACAGCGCCUAAAGAAGACUCUUAUAGAAAACGGACUGAUCGAUGCCAGUGAAUUUGCAGCCCAUGAGGAUGUGGACGAGGUGCUGCUGGAGAUCAAACGGGUCACAACCGAAAUAAGCUCCAUUGCCCAGUUCAAUAGCGAGGAACUGAAGCGUCUUCGUUCCGCCGCCAGCGAGGAGAUCAAGCGUAUUGCCAUCAAACGAAAAUUGGAUACCGUGGAUCAGGAGAUACUUGAAUGCUAUAAGAGAAUGUUGCAAUAUCGGGCAAAACGGAAGGGUCACACCAUCGAAGAGAAACAGGAGAUCCUACGAUUGACUAACGAACAGCGCCUGUUGGCAGAUCAGUUGGAGCGGAUGCAAAUGCAUCUGCCAUGCAUCGGCGGCACUGGCAGCUCCCUGCUUGAACCCAAGAUGUAGGACAGGACCUUGGCCUGGGGCUGGUGCCAGCUAAUGGCCAUGCAUCAGGCAAAGAGGCAGGUCCGGGACGCUAGCCUCAAGCUGCAGUGUGUCUGAAGGUAUCCUUCCAUGGUAUCCCUCCUCCUCUAAUUCGCCUCCUUCCUUUUCGCCAGACUGUACAUUAGCAAAGAUAAUUACCCUUUAGUAUGUAGUAUUUACAGCCCACAGUGUGGAUGGUUAUGAAAUCGAAUCGAAAGCUAUCUUCGAGUAUUUUCUAAUAACUAUCUACCCUGUAUUCUAAUCUUUGUCGCCAGACUGUACAAAGAUGUAUCCUUUAGUAAGUAAAGUUCACUAUAAAAUUGUAUUUAGUUAUUAAAAUAAGAUAUUCAAGUGGCGGAAAGUAACUUUUGGUUAAUCCUAAGCUGCGCUUUUAUGAAGUCCCUAGAGUUUGGUAGGCAUGAAGUUUAGCUUAACACCAAAGUAAACACGAAAUAUGUAUAUAUUUCCUUGAUCAUUAUACCAUACUCUCAAAUUUUCGAUUGUAAUUAAUGUAACUUAAAGAUUCACACAUGUUAUAUGCUAGAUUUGAAUUUGUAAAUAGAAAUUGAAUAUUGAUUGUAAUAAGCUCCAUGUUUGCUAGAAUUACCCACAAAUUACUAUCCGUCUAUAUGAAUCAGAAGUUUUUUUUUUCUGUUUUUCACAAUUAUAAAUAUUGAUCAACCCUAUUUAACACUUCCAAAUACAUACAUACAUACACUUUGUAUAGCUUAAGUUAUCUCGAGGCAAUAAAGCUGUCACUAUUGAAAGUAAA